AUAGUUGAUUGUAUAAUAGUGGCAUAACUGAAAAUCUGUAUGAUCUUUCUGAGCACAGAGGUCUAGCUAUGAUAGGAGGCCUACUGCAAAUGCAUCUAUCUGUCCUUGUCUGGGUCCUUGCCCAACCAUGUCACACACACUCUGUGUGUGUGUGCCACACCUUCCCAAUAUCAGUUACACCGGUCCCUCUCACUCUGUUACUGAUACCGAGUAUUAGAUCAUCAGAUGGAGAAAGUUUAGACCGGUAGAGUGGCUAUAUGGAGUCAAUAUUGCCAUGUAGACUACAGCACACUCAAUUUGUCGAGAGAUCUAGAGAGUGAAAUACUAUGACGUGUGGGAUUUCACCAAACAGGACUCAAAUUACGGUGCUUGUGUGGUUCAGGUGCAUGAUUUGCAUGCACUUUGUGAGGUAUUACUCACAUCACCAACCAGCAACUCUGUUUAUGCAGAUUCACUUGCACCAGCGUAGCACCUUCACUUGCAUUUAUGUGUCAUAGAUGACUCUACUACAAUGACAUACUAUAUAGCUAACUGGUGUAUCAGCCUUUCCUCAAGUCUAUAUACCAGUGUGGGAGGAAAAAGGAGAGGGGGUCCCACAGCUCUGCCCGUUCACCCGUGACGGACUGUGUCAACUCUCAACUCACACAUGGACUAAGACUGUUAUCACAGACAGAUGCAUGUCAACAUGCUCUGCAUUGCUGAACUGAGAUGAUUGACAACAAUUUCUUAGUAUUGGCAUAGAUUGUGUAGCUCAUCAUACUUUUAAAUGUGAAGCUAGUAUGCAGUGAGAUAAAGGGGAGCAUACUCUUAAGGCAUGUUAGAAUGUAGUGGGAUUAAGGGGAACAUCAUCAUAUAUACAUGUUAGCUUGAAGUUCAGUAUGUUGUGGGAUAAAGGGGGACAUAAGGUAUGCUAGGGUGUGACAGAUCCAAACUUGUGUGUGUAUGUGACAAUUUAGUCACGUCGACUGAUGUUGAUGGUAUGUCAUUAGAAUCAGCCAUGGCUACGUAUUAAACUACUAGAUGUAUCCACUACCACAAUAACGUAUAGCUACUUUGCUAAUUCUUCAGUUUGUAAAAUGGUGUUUGGCUAAUUUGGGGCUUGGAAACAUGGCCAUGUUACGAUGCAAGGAGAAUUCACAGACCUUUGACAGUACUGUCGAGAUAUCUUUGAGAGAAACUACAAGACUACCAUAGGCGUGGACUUUGAGGUGGAAAAGUAUCGCAUCCUCGGCGUCCCAUUCAGCAUGCAGAUUUGGGAUACGGCUGGAGCUGAGAGGUUUAAGGGGGUCACAACAGCUUACUUCAGAGGAGCACAUGUUGUGAUUCUUGCCUACGACAUUACAAAUGAAGAAACACUGGAGAAAACGAAGUCGUGGUUGCAGGAGGCCAGAGAGUUCUGCACGUCUACAUUCUACAUCUUCCUCGUCUCCACCAAGAAAGACCUCAUUGUGGACGAUGUUGAAGAGUAUAAGGUCAAGGAGAAGAGAGCGGCACAGUUUGCAGAGAGCUUUGAAGCAGAAUACUGGUCAACUUCCUCAAGAACAGGUGAGAAUGUGGAGGAGCUGUUCUCGAGAAUAGCCAGUGUGACCUUUGAGAGGGUGAUGAAGAGCGAGAUUGAGGCCACCAAUGCCAUUCAGGAGACCACCAGCCAACUUGCACAGAACUCCAGUCUCAUCAGACUAAAAUCACCACCAAAGUCUAAGCGUCCAAAGAAACCAAGCUGUUGCAACAGAUGAACACACUCAGCACCAGAAUAGAUUCAAUACCUCCUCUAUUUUAUUCGCUUUUUUAGCUACGAGAAUGUGUAUGCACUCCACUGUGUGUAUUAGAGCACCA